CGUUAUCUCACUGCUCAUUUUACCCGAAUCACUUUCCCUUUCUCUCUCCUUAAGCUCUGCUCAAUUCCAAGUUGUUCUUCUUGCCAGAGCUGUCUGUGGAAAAUUCAAUCACUCUUUCAAAUUCUGGCAGAUCUGCUCCAUCUGUUGGGGUCCGUCUUUCUUCAACCUUCUCCACUGUGUGGGUUUUGGUUCGAUCUUAUGGGGUUUCGUUUCACGGAUCUGGGCUUAAUUGUACCUUGCCAACGGUGAAACUUUUCCUGGUUAUUUCACGGGUGAUAUUUUAGGGUUUUGGUUGUCGGGUCGGGAACUUUAAGGCUUGAGUCUCCUCUUCAGGGUUUGGUGCCUAUGGCUGCUUUGCAAAGAGUAGCGCAGUCGAGCGUAAGCACGGUUGCAAGUAGCUACGCGUCAUGUAAGGGUAGUGGUCUUGCUUCUUCUAACUGUGCUACUGUGGUUGAUGACGUGGUGGUUUCGGUUCAGUUUCCGGUGGGAUUGAAGGUCCUGGUUGUGGACGAUGACACCACUUGUCUCAGGAUUGUAGAGCAGAUGCUUCGUCGUUGUAACUAUCACGUCACCACAUGCCCCCAAGCUACUGUUGCCUUGAAGCUAUUACGAGAGAAAAAAGGUUAUUUCGAUGUGGUAUUGAGUGAUGUUCAUAUGCCUGAUAUGGAUGGCUAUAAACUUCUUGAGCAUGUUGGUUUGGAAAUGAACCUUCCUGUAAUUAUGAUGUCGGCUGAUGGGAGAACAAGUGCUGUGAUGAAAGGAAUUAGACAUGGGGCCUGUGAUUAUUUAAUUAAACCUAUACGUGAGGAAGAACUUAAGAAUAUAUGGCAGCAUGUUGUUCGGAAAAAGUGGAGCGAAAAUAAGGAUUUUGAACAGUCGGGAAGUUUGGAAGACAAUGAUAGACAAAAACGUGUAAAUGAUGACACUGAUUUGGCUUCCUCUAUUAAUGAAGAAACAGAAGGAUUGAAAGGUCAAAAAAGGAGGAGCAAUAGCAAGGAAGAGGAUGAUUCUGAAUUGGAAAAUGAUGAUCCAUCAGCAUCAAAGAAACCACGUGUAGUGUGGUCAGUUGAGCUCCAUCAGCAAUUUGUCAGUGCUGUUAACCAACUUGGAUUUGAUAAAGCUGUACCAAAGAGAAUUCUUGAAUUGAUGAAUGUGCCUGGUUUGACAAGAGAAAAUGUUGCAAGUCAUUUGCAGAAGUUCAGGUUGUAUUUGAAGAGAUUAAGUGGAGGAGUUACUCAACAACAGAGUGGGAUUUCAAGUGCUUUCGGUGGAUCUGUUGAACCAAAUGUCAAAUUGGCUUCUCUUGGUAGGUUUGACAUUCAAGCUUUGGCUACCUCUGGUCAAAUUCCUCCACAAACGUUAGCAGCCUUGCAUGCUGAACUUUUAUGUCGACCAGGUGGGAAUUUAGUGCAAGGAUUGGACCAGCCUUCUCUUCUCCAUGUGGCAAUGCAAGGAUCUAAGCGUGUGCCAGUUGAACAUGGUUUGCCAUUUGGCCAGCCUUUGGUAAAGUGUCAACCCAACAUUUUUAAACAAUUCCCGCAGUCUAUGGUGUCUGUUGAUGAUGCUUCCUCAAGGUAUGGAGCAUGGAUGUCCAACAGCCUUGGUACAGUAGGACCCAAUAACAAUGUAGGUGUCUUGAGCAGUCCCAAUAGCAAUUUUUUAUUGGAUAUAUUGCAGCAACAGCGACAGGAGCAACAUAAGCAACAACCACAAUUGCAGUAUCAAUCCAUGCUACCUGAGUCUGGCCGUUCAAUCAAUGUGCAGCCAUCUUGCCUUGUAGUCCCUUCUCAGUCAUCAGCCAGUUUGCAGGCUGGUAGUCCUGUAUCCGUGAAUCAAAACAGAAACUUUAACAGGAAUUCUGUUAUUGAUUACAAUGUUCUUUCACCUCAAUCCAAUAAUUCUGCUUUGAUUGGCGGACAUAUCUCAAAUGGAGAUAUUAAAACUACUGGCAUUCUUCGUGGGUAUGUAGCACCUGGUUCCUCUUCUACUACUAUGUCUUCGUUAGAUGCCAAUAGUAGCACAUGUGGCCAAAAUUCAAUUGUAACCACUGGGGAUGCCAGGCUAUCGCCAAGGCUUGUACCUAAUAUAGCUGACAUCCGGUGUUCAUAUGGUGCUAAAUCGUGUGAAAUGCUUGAUCAAGGACCUCUCAGAAAUCUUGGAAUUGUUGGUAAAGAGAUGUGCUUUCCUAGUCGAUUUGCAAUGGAUGAAUUGGAAUCUCCAAUGAACUUGAACCAUGGAAAUGUGCAAUUAGAGAUCCAUGGUUACCCAAUAAAGCAGGAGCCAAGUAUGGAUUUCAAUGAUAAUGCAAAAGUAGGCGUUCCAGUAUUGCAUCAAUUUCCUUCAAAUGAUCUGAUGAGUGUCUUCACGAAAUAGGCUUCAUUUGUGUAGCGAUUAUGAGUUCUUAUUCCCACCAAGCGUACAGAUUAUUUCAGACUAGAUGAGUAGAGAUUGCAGUUCCACCAAAGAAGUAGGUAUAUCAGUUCAGGCCAUUUUUUUGCCCCCUUAAAUAUUAAAUGUUAAAUUUCAGUGCAUGACUCAGGUGCAUUGUGGAGCUGCGUCAUAAUUAGAAUCACAAAUGUCAUUACUAGAGUUGAGUUUGAGGGUUAUCUUGUUUUUUGAGAUUUUAGGAUGCAUUAUUACUUUUUUUCUUUUUUGGGAUUCUGUUGGGCAAAUAAAUUAGUAGACUUUUCAAUAGCUUAUAUUUGCGUAGCAUAUGGGGGCCUCAUACACAUAAUGUGUUGUCAUGUGGGCGUAGUGUUGAUUCUAUGUAGCUCAUCUAUUAGAUUAUAGUUGAAUUAUGAAAUUUGUAUAAUAUAUUUAUCCUAUGACAUUGUCUAUAUUAAUCCCAAUCCCAGUUGGCUCAAACUUUAUUAA